GGCCACUGAGGGGUGUAAUCGCUAGUUCUUUUAUUUUGGGGUCACCAAGCCUUCCCUCCGCCAUUCACUUCCUUACGUCUGCCUCACUAACCGGAAGUAUUUGCUGCUGGCUCGUGGCUGCAUGGCUCUGUGUUGCUCACUGCUAGCAGAAGUUUCACGAUGGCAUCCAAGAAAAGACAAAAGUCUGUUAAACAAAACCUUCAGGAUGCAAGUCAUGUUCAAAUGAAAAUGCACAACAAAAAAGCACAUGAAACGGCAUCAUUAGAUGAGGAGGAGGAGGAGGAGGAUGCUUUAGAGAUGGAAAAAAAUUUUGCUUUGUUCAGUAAACGUGAUUCAGUGCAAACAUCAGAAAUCACUCAGGAUGAAACGAGUGGUGAGGAAUCUGAUGAAGCAGUUGAGGAUGAGGAAAACACAGACGAAGAUGAUGAUCAAAGUGGGGAUUUUGUGAAAGAGAGAACUGACAUGACAGGACCAGAGGAUUCAUAUAACCAAAGAGACUGUAAGCGAAACGACACCAGCUCCAUCAAGGCUGAGCUCAGACCAGAUUUGUCAACAAUGUCAUUUGAAGAGAUUAUGAGGUUACAAAGCAAAAUUGGUACUAAAGCAUGUAAUAAGCUUAUUCAUGAGGCGAAAAAGAAAAAGCAGGAUUCAGAACCGGCAAAACGAUUGAACAAGGAGAGACCCCAAGAGAUUUCAGCCAAGAAACCGGUUUCUUUCCUCAGAAAAGUAGGAUCCGCUAAGGGCCCCAUUUUGAGGGAUCCUCGUUUCGAUGAUCUUUCUGGUGAAUUUAAACCAGAAGUGUUCAGCCAGACAUACAGGUUCAUCAAUGACCUCAGACAACGAGAAGCAGAGAUGGUGAAGAAAAAGCUGAAGAAAGUCAAAUCGAAUGCAAAAAAAGAGGAAUUGAAAUCUUUCCUGAAGAGAAUGGAGAACCAAAAGCGUAACCUUGAAAGACGAGAGCAGCAGAGAGAGAAAGAGCUUAGCUAUAAGAGGAAGCAGAGAGCGCUGGUGGGAGAUGGACACAGACCUUUCUAUCUCAAGAAAUCUGAUAAGAAGAAACUGCAGUUGGCUGAGAAGUACAGCGAGCUGAAAAAGAGCGGGAAGCUAGAGAACUUCUUAAGCAAGAAGCGGAAACGAAAUGCUGUUAAGGACCGCAGGAAGAUGCCCUGAGUUACAGAAGGCGGAUCAGUCAGAUCACACCAACAGAAACAAAUGAAGGUUUAGGGACUGGACUGUAUAAUGGUAUUCCAGUUUCUGGUUGAUUUUACUGUACAGAACAAUUGAACGUUAAGAUACAU